AACAAUUUAUACAGAACUUCAAUCCAAUUCACCAUGUUUUUGUAAUUUUGAUCCAUUUUCUGCUCGGAAGAACUUCAUCAGCAGAGUAUAAAAACUUGAAGAGGACAUUUUGUAUAGAUAAAUUGGAAUCCUGGAUCUGCCACAAAAAUGGCAAUGGCCGCUUUCAGUGCUGUAUCACAUUGUCAUCACAGGCUCUGGUGGCGGCCAAACACUUCCAAGCUUCCCGUUUCUUGCUCUAUGCCUCCUCCAUCCUUUACAGGUACUCGUGGAUCUAGAGUAGGCCAUAAACGAUCUGGAAGACUGGAAGGGGCUGGAAAGAGCAUGGAAGAUUCUGUGCAACGCAAAAUGGAGAAGUUCUACGAGGGGUCUAAUGGCCCACCUCUUCGGGUUCUUCCAAUUGGUGGUCUAGGAGAAAUUGGAAUGAACUGCAUGCUUGUUGGAAAUUAUGAUCGUUAUAUUCUGAUUGAUGCUGGUGUCAUGUUCCCAGACUAUGACGAACUUGGUGUUCAGAAAAUUAUACCAGAUACCACAUUUAUAAAGAAGUGGAGUCAUAAGAUUGAAGCAGUUGUUAUAACACAUGGGCAUGAAGAUCACAUUGGUUAUACCAGCUUUGGAUCAACGUACUCCGAUAUUUGCAUCAUCCUUCACGAUGGAGCUCAUUAAGAAGCGUUUGAAGGAAUCUGGGAUAUUUGUGCCGUCUAGGCUUAAAACAUUUAAAACGAAGAGGAAAUUUGUUGCUGGACCAUUUGAGAUAGAGCCUAUUAGGGUCACCCAUUCUAUUCCUGAUUGUUCUGGAUUGGUUCUUCGCUGCUCCGAUGGUAUUAUUCUUCAUACUGGUGACUGGAAGAUAGAUGAGUCACCGCUAGAUGGACAAGUUUUUGACCGUGAAGGUCUAGAACAACUAUCGAAAGAAGGAGUAACUUUGAUGAUGAGUGAUUCAACAAACGUGCUCUCACCUGGAAGAACACUUAGUGAAACCGUUGUAGCAGAUUCACUACUACGGAAUAUUUCAGCUGCAAAAGGAAGGGUUAUUACAACUCAGUUUUCAUCAAAUAUCCAUCGACUUGGAAGUGUGAAAGCUGCAGCUGAUUUAACUGGCAGGAAGUUGGUAUUUGUUGGGAUGUCGCUAAGGACAUACCUCGAUGCUGCAUGGAAAGAUGGAAAGGCACCGAUUGAUCCGUCGACUCUUGUGAAUGUUGAAGACAUUGACGCUUAUGCUCCCAAAGACUUGCUAAUUGUUACUACCGGUUCUCAAGCAGAACCUCGUGCUGCACUUAACCUUGCAUCAUAUGGAAGUAGUCAUUUUUUCAAGUUGAGCAAAGAAGACGUUAUUUUGUAUUCUGCUAAGGUGAUCCCUGGUAAUGAAUCUCGAGUGAUGAAAAUGUUGAAUCGUUUAUCAGAGAUUGGACCGACAAUAGUAAUGGGUAAAAAUGAGCAACUACACACAUCGGGCCAUGCCUAUCGUGAAGAAUUGGAAGAAGUGCUGAGGAUUGUAAAGCCACAACAUUUUUUACCCAUCCAUGGGGAACUCUUAUUCCUCAAAGAACAUGAAUUGCUCGGAAGAUCCACUGGAAUUCAUCACACUGCUGUCAUAAAGAACGGAGAAAUGCUUGGGGUUUCUCAUUUGAGGAACAGAAGAGUGUUGUCUAAUGGUUUUAUAGCCCUGGGUAAAGAGAAUUUGCAGUUGAUGUAUAGUGAUGGUGACAAAGCAUUCGGUACAUCUACUGACCUUUGUGUUGACGAGAGGAUGAGAAUAGCGUCAGAUGGAAUAAUAGUUGUGAGCAUCGAAAUCAUGCGCCCUCAAUCUGCAGCUCAAUCUGCAGAUAGUGUAUUUAAAGAAACCCUAAAAGGAAAAAUAAGAAUAACUACACGCUGCUUAUGGCUCGACAAUGGCAAACUUUUAGACGCUCUUCAUAGUGCUGCACAUGCUGCACUAUCUAGUUGUUCGGUCAAAAGUCCCUUGCCUCACUUGGAAAGAACUGUUUCAGAGGUUUUAAGGAAAAUGGUAAGAAAGUACAGUGGCAAAAGGCCUGAAGUCAUCACGCAUGCUAUCGAAAACCCUGCUGCUGUCCUUGCUAAUGAAAUUAGUGAAAAGCUGUCUGGUGGUUUUGAGAUACCUUUGGAGGAAAAGGUGGAUGGAAGUUCAAAAAAGAAACGGCGAACUAAGAUACAAGAAGGAAGCAAAAAUCUAGUUUCAGUGGGCCCGCAUGAAACUAAAGAUGAUGUGAUCAACAAUGACAGAUUGUUAUCUGAGGAAGAAAUUGCAACAAGUUCCAACUCAACAGGAAGCUCUGUUCCUGAUUCCGAAUCAUCGGAUGAUUUCUGGAAAGCGUACACAAAAUCCGAGUCUGUUGAUGAAUCAGAAAAUGGUAGCAAGGGUUCUAAAACAAACAAGCCUAUGAGAAGAAACCGAUGGAAACCAGAUGAGAUUAAGAAGCUUAUCAAGUUCCGUGGGGAGCUGAAUAGUAGAUUCCAAGUGGUGAAGGGACGAAUGGCACUUUGGGAAGAGAUAUCCGUUAAACUUUCUGAAGCUGGGUCUAGUCGAAGCCCAGGCCAAUGUAAAUCUUUAUGGGCAUCACUGGUUCAAAAAUACGAGGAAAGUAAGAAUGAAUCUGAAAGCAAGAGAAGCUGGCAAUAUUAUGAGGAGAUGGAUAACAUCUUAUCCGCUCCUGAUGAAAUGGUAAACAAAUGAUCCAAGAACAAAGCAACAUCUUCAAGAUUCACCAAAGGUGACUGAAAAUCUUCAUAUCUGAGAUUGCUUAUUCUUCUGUUCAGGAGACUAGGAUGAUAAAAGUUAACG